AUGGAGGAACAAAGAGUGGAAAGCUCUAAGAGGCUAUUUCGAGGUGUUGUAGCAGAUAUCAAAGGAAGAGCUUUGUGUUACAAGCAAGAUUGGAUCUCUGGUCUUCGUUCUGGUUUCGGGAUUUUAACACCGACGACAUAUAUUUUCUUCGCCUCUGCGCUUCCGGUUAUCGCCUUUGGCGAGCAACUUAGCCGCGACACAGAGGGAACGUUGAGCACAGUAGAAACGUUAAAAUCAACAGCAUUAUGUGGAGUGAUACAUUCCAUCUUGGGAGGACAACCAUUGUUGAUAGUUGGAGUUGCAGAACCAACUGUCUUAAUGUACAUUUACGUGUACAACUUCGCUGAAGGAAGACCAGAACUAGGCAAACAACUCUACUUAGCUUGGGUUGCUUGGGUUUGUGUGUGGACGGCUUUGUUACUGUUCCUAAUGGCGAUAUUCAACGCGGCUGAUAUCAUUAACCGGUUCACGAGGAUCGCUGGUGAGCUGUUUGGUAUGUUGAUCUCUGUUCUGUUCAUCCAACAAGCCAUUAAGGGAAUCGUGAGCGAAUUUGGGUUGCCGAAAAAUGAGGACUCAAAUCUUGAAAAGUAUCAGUUUGAGUGGCUUUACACAAAUGGACUUCUCGGCCUCGUUUUCACCUUUGGCCUUCUCUACACCUCUUUGAAGAGCAGAAAAGCGAGGUCUUGGCGAUACGGAACAGGAUGGUACAGAAGCUUCAUCGCCGACUACGGAGUUCCUUUGAUGGUUGUGGUUUGGACAGCAUUAUCGUUCAGUACGCCAUCUAAACUCCCUUCUGGUGUCCCGAGAAGACUCUUUAGUCCUCUUCCAUGGGACUCUGCUUCUUUAUCACAUUGGACUGUCAUCAAGGACAUGGGGAAAGUCUCUCCGGGGUACAUUUUUGCAGCGUUUAUACCCGCAUUGAUGAUCGCAGGUCUCUACUUCUUUGACCACACUGUUGCCUCGCAGCUUGCGCAGCAAAAGGAGUUCAACCUCAAAAACCCUUCUGCGUAUCACUAUGACAUUCUCUUGUUAGGUUUCAUGACAUUAGUCUGUGGAUUGCUCGGUCUGCCUCCGUCCAACGGAGUCCUCCCUCAGUCUCCUAUGCAUACUAAAAGCCUCGCUGUUCUCAAACGACAGUUAAUCCGGAGGAAGAUGGUGAUGAGAGCCAAAGAAAGCAUCAAACAGAGAGCAACUUCCUCCCAAAUGUACGAGAAUAUGCAACAAGUCUUCAUAGAAAUGGACAAAAACCAACUUGUUGAGACAAACCCUACAUUGUUGAUUGAGCUGCAAGAUUUGAAAGAGGCAGUGAUGAAGAAGAGUGACGACCAAGGCGAUAGCAAUGAGGAGAGUAGUUUCGAUCCAGAGAAGCAUCUUGAUGCUUACUUGCCCGUUCGAGUCAACGAGCAAAGAGUAAGCAACUUAUUGCAGUCACUACUAGUGGGAGGUGCAGUGUUUGCUAUACCAGCCAUUAAGCUCAUACCAACUUCUCUUCUAUGGGGAUAUUUCGCUUACAUGGCUAUCGAUAGCCUCCCGGGAAACCAAUUUUUCGAACGAACAAUGCUUCUCUUCGUCCCGCAAAACCGGAGAUUCAAGGUCUUGGAAGGAGCUCACGCGUCUUUCGUGGAGAAAGUACCGUAUAAGUCAAUGGCUGCGUUCACAGUGUUUCAGAUAGUCUACUUGGGGCUAUGCUACGGAAUAACGUGGAUACCGGUGGCCGGAAUCAUGUUUCCGGUUCCUUUUUUCCUCUUAAUAGCCAUCAGACGGUACCUUCUCCCUAAGCUCUUUAAACCGGCUCAUCUCCGAGAACUCGAUGCCUCUGAGUAUGAGGAGAUCCCUGGAACUCCUAGAAACCCGCCCGGACUGUCUUUCCGGUCGACUGGCUCGAUGAGAGACGUUCUAGAGUACGACGCUGAGAUUUUAGACGAGUUAACCACGAGCAGAGGCGAGUUCAGAGUCCGUACCGUCAAUGUUAACGAAGACAAAGGCCACCAGAUUUACCCCACGGAGAUUGUAGAAGCAGAGGAUGGGGACACGAGUACUGCGAGAGAGUGA